CUGUGGUUUCUUUGCGUCCUUCACUUUCUUCGCCUGUGGGCUCUCUCGCAGCGAUGUUGCCGAUGCCUUUGUCCGCAAGUCACACCAUGUGGGGUGUCCAACAAAGUUGUUCAGACGCCGCGCAUCCAGUUGCCUUGCCGCGGUCGUUCACGUCUUCGGGUCAUGACAACACCAGCGCGGUUCCCGUUGCGGGUGUCUUUGUGUCGGAUCCCGUCCAUCGAACAGAAGAGACGGCGAAAGAACAUCGCGUGCACGGUUGGUGGAAACCGGAGUGCAUGAUGUUGGCUGCACUGCUUCGAUCGCACGAUCCGAUCGUCGUUUUCGUGGACGGGCAUUACGAUUCGUCUCGUGACGCUCAACAUUGUACGGUAACGACGCUGGAUUUGAAGUCUGGAAUGAUCGUGGGGACGGAGACCAUGCUCUGGGGGAGCGAGUCGUCGUGGAAGCUGGAAACACAGUGUGUGGAUAAACUGCUUCAUCGGUUGAAGGACGAGAAGAACCUCAUAAUCGUAGAGGUUGUGCAUGAUGAUUGUGGCGCAGUUGACGUCAUAUUGCGGCAAAUGAACAUCGACUCGCAAAAGUGUAUGUGGCAUAAGACCAAGACUUUGGUCAAACGCUUGCGAGAGGCUGUGCGCGGCACGAAGACUGUCAAACCAGCUGUGGUUGGGGCUUGCGAACAUGUGCGCGAGGUGAAGUGUUUCACAAAGAAGGAGCUCGAACUUUGGCUCGAAACGAAAUGUGUACACAUGGUAGGGGUGUCCACCAAAAAAAAGGAUGAACUCAUUGAGAUUGUUUGGGGUGUGCUCUUCCCCGACGAAGCAGGGAAGGCGUUGCCAAAUGAUGUUGUCGAGAUCGACGCGUUGCAAACACUGCAUUGCAAUGCGGCGGAGGAGGCGAAGGAGUGGUUGUACGGCGCUUGCAGGUUGCGCGAGCGCGCAAGGGAUGACGACGAUGAUGUGUUGGCCACUCAUGUGCAACACCUCGCCAAUCAUUGGGUCAGGGAUUAUUCCCAUUGUGAUAAGGAGUUGUCAAACCUGUACAAAGCGGUCGGUGGUCGGGACAGAGAGGCAUUGUACGAGGCGGAGGGACGUGUUCAUUUGGCCAUCGCGAGGUGUCUUGAACAGUUCGCUUCUAAUACGAAGAUGGCCUACUACACACGUGGGAGGAUGACCUUCAACAACGAGUGCUUCCACUUCGUGAUCAACAAGUACUGCACGAAACGCCUGAACUUCCCCAAGUCGUAUGAGGCGCUGUCGCACUUUUUCUCAGUCAGGCCACUUCAACCGACCAAGAGCGUCAACAGGCUGUCACGGAGGAUUUUGUUGUUGAUUGCAGUAAAAUAAAAAUUAAGUAAUGCAAAUCCCUUCCUAUUGUGUGCGUCCGGCUUCGAGCGAG